CCCUGAGAGUUCCUGAUGCCGAGCGGGCGAAAUGGUGCUCCUGGAAGUGCCUACUCUUACCCUGACGAUUUGUGUCGCUUGCCUGAUUUUUCUUUGGGUAUGGAGGAACAGUCAGCGCCAGGGAAGCCUCCCUCCUGGUCCAAUGCCUCUUCCCAUCAUCGGGAAUAUGCUGCAACUAGACCUCAAGGACCUCCCUGCAUCCUUCUCCAAGCUGGCUAAGGAAUACGGCCCUGUCUACACCCUGCGCAUUGGCCCGCAGCUCACCGUGGUCUUGCAUGGAUACAAGGCAGUGAAAGAAGCUCUGAUUGAUCAGGGGGACGAGUUCCUGGGUAGAGCAGCAAUGCCCGUGGUUGAACAUAAUCAAAGAGGAUAUGGAAUCCUUUUCAGUCAAGGAGAGAGGUGGAAGCACAUGCGGCGCUUCUCCCUCCUGACCCUGAGGAACUUUGGAAUGGGGAAGAGGAGCAUCGAGGAGAGGAUCCAGGAGGAAGCCCGGUGCCUUGUGGAGGAGCUCCGGAAAACAAAGGCCCAGCCCUUUGACCCCUCCUUCAUCUUCUCCUGUGCUCCGUGUAAUGUGAUCUGCUCCGUCCUCUUCAACGAGCGUUUCCAGUACACUGAUGAGAGGUUCCUGUACCUGAUGAAUUUGCUAAAUGAAAAUUUCAGGCGCUUCAACUCUCGAUGGAUCCAGUUGUAUAAUCUCUGGCCAACACUCAUAAAACAUCUUCCUGGAGAGCACAGAGCAUUCUUAAGAAGAACUCAGGACAUGAGAAAUUUCAUCAUGGAGAAAGUCAAGGAGCAUCAAGAGUCCGUGGACCCGAACCACCCUCGGGACUACAUUGACUGUUUCUUGAACAAGAUGGAGCAGGAGAAAGACAAUCCGGCGUCCGAAUUUAACUUGAGGAACUUGGCAACUUGUGGAUCUAAUUUGUUUGUGGCGGGAACAGAGACAACGAGUAGCACCCUGAGAUUCGCGCUCCUGCUGCUAAUGAAACACCCUGCCGUGGAAGGUACAUCAAACACCCUAAGAGCCAUGGAAGGAUGGGUUGGCCCCAACCAAAGCCCCUGUAUGAUGGACAAGACGAAGCUGCCCUACACGGAGGCCGUGUUGCACGAGAUACAAAGAUUCAUCACCCUCCUUCCUUGUAAUCUGCCCCACUCUGUGACCAAGGACACGAAAUUCAGAACAUACGUCAUCCCUAAGGUCAGACGUGCCUGGGAAAGCUGGCGGGUGGGAGGGACUCGGUGGUACCUGGAAGGGUCUGAUGACAAGGGGUUUCCCAAUCCAGAGAAGUUUGACCCAGACCAUUUUUUGGAUAAAAACGGCAACUUCAUGAAAUCAGACUACUUUGUGCCUUUUUCCCUUGGAAAACGAGCUUGUGCUGGAGAAAGCCUGGCCCGCAUGGAGCUGUUCCUCUUCCUCACCACCAUCCUGCAGAACUUUUCCUUGAAGUCUGUCAUUGAGCCAAAGGAUCUACCCAUCAAACCUAUCACUAGUGGGAUCAUCAAUGCCCCACCACCUUUCAAGUUAUGCCUCAUUCCGAGAUAAGAGAAGAAUUUUAUCUAUGAAUCAUCUGCACUGGAAAUCAAUUUGUUUCCCUCUAAUGGAAAUUUACUUCAUGUCAAUCUCUUCUUUUCAAAUGCCACUUAGGCUAGAAACACCAUGCACUAAAAAGUUGAUGGACAUUUAUUGAAAUCUACAAAUCCUUUGACAAAAAUGACUGGAUUUUGUAAAGUGCAAAGUACACCAUGGCUUUUGAAGCCAGCUCCAAUUCAAUCAGACUAGUCCUAUAGUUGGCCUGGAUCAGGGGCAAUCAACAAAUAGUGGAGCCUUUACCAUUUCUUGCUAAGGAGCCCUGGUAGCUAGCCCUGUGGAUUAGUCAUUGGGCUGCUAACCACAAUAUCGGUGGCUCAAACCCAUCAGCGGCUCCACAGGAGACAAAUGAGGCUAUCUGUUCCCAUAAAGAUUUACAGCUUUGGAAAGCAGAGCAGUUCUAUUGUAUCCUAUCCAGGAUCACUGGGAUUCAGAAUUGAUUCCGUGGGUUGGGUUUCACUAUUUUGGUGCUUUUAGAUAUAAUGCUAAUUUCUAGUUGGUUGGUUUGUUUUUAAACUAGACAUCAUUAUAAGUUGAUCUAUGUGUAUUUUUCUAUUUCCAAUUGAAAUCACUUUUAUGAUUUUUGUCACAUUUAAAAAAUAAAGAUUAUUCUCAACAAAGA